GGAAAGAGAGAGAGAGGUUGGCAGACAAAGGGACUCGGGUUUCAAUCAAACUCACCACUGCAGAAAGGACUCAGCCUUUACACAUGGUUCACAAAAAAUCACCACUUAACUGCUGAAUAAAUCUAUAAAAAUGGGGAACGUACCAUCAGAAUGUAACAUGGGCGACCGCCUGAGAUGCUGCAAGUGUUAUAAAGUCCUGCCUCCUUGCACAUCCUUUGAUAAUCUCUCCAAAAGUACUGUUCAUGGGCGGUACGUCUAUGUGUUCAAUGGAGGUGAAUACUACAGACCAGUUGGCGCCGAUAAUAUGUACGAGUGUGAAUACUGCUUUAAUAAACCAAUCAGGGAUCAAGAGCAGAUGAGGAGAGAGGAGGAGAAGAAGAGAGGAGGAGAGGAGAGAGAGGAGGAGAGGAGAAGAGAGGAGGAGAGGAGAAGAGAAGAAGAAAGGAGAAGAGAGGAGGAGAGACAAAAACUGGAUCAAAGACUACAAGAAUCGCAGCAACAAGCCAAAGAGCAGCAUGAGAAACAACAGAGCAGCCACAUUUCAGAAGAAUAUGAGUCCAAGCGAGAUGUUCAGAUGUGGCAUCUGGAUGAGUUUGAGGCUAAGUAUGAAUCAGGCAGGGAUGAGCUUCUAGAAAUCCUCUCUAAGAAAUGCAGUUCCCCUGUUCCAGAUCUGAGUCUCACUCAGCUGACAGCAGACCAGCAGCGGGAGAUCCUGUCAGUCCUGGACAAACUUCUGUUUGAUGAAUGGAUCAGUGCUCCCCCGUCCCUCAGCACUCUGCAGCACACUCAGGUGUUCAUCACAGAGCUGUGUGCCCUGUCUCUGGAGAUCCCCGAGGGAGUUCCCCUACAAAGCAUCUCCAAUCAGGUGCAGUCCCUGGUGGACUCCAUCAGCCAAUCAGCACGCAAUGCUUUUGAGAGUCUCCUGCUGACUCAAGCCCUGUACCUGAACCUGAUGCACUUUUUCACUGACUGUAGCAGCUCUGAUACUGACGCAGUCCUCAUAGCCAAACAGUGGGCUGGAGAUAAGCUUUCCACUGAGAACCUCUGUCUUAUAGAAUUCCUGAGCACCCUCGCAUCAUCACUGCAGAAUGUAGUGGGAAGAGCCUCUGUGUUCAUUUUAAAGAUAGAAAUCCAGUGCUUGAAGCUUCUCUUAUCCACACUCACACAUCUAACCGGCAAAGAAACCCACUCAGAAUCCACUGAGAUGCUCCUCAGACUUGUGCAAAGAAACCAAUGGACCCCAACGGAGACAGUGACUCUGCUCAAAGCACUGUCACAGAAAUAUGCAGAGGAUGUUUCAAUAACUGAAGUCCUUAAGCUGGUGCAAGCUUAUGACAUAUCACCAGAGUGGACGGAUGAGUCCGGACGCACUCUCGUCCAGGCUCUGGACUUUGCUGGCCCUGAGAGAUUCCAUCAGGAUUUCCUAAAUACUCUCAGAAGGAACGAUGAGAGCAGUCUACCUGCAGCUCUAGCAGAAGUGAAGAUGUUAUGGAAUUUAGAUGAUUCUGUGGUUGAUAUGAUAAAAAACAUUACCACUGGUGUCCUGCAGUACGCAGAAAAUGCACCUAAAGAUGCACCAUUUGUGAAAGAUUCCUUCACACGUGAUCCCUUGAAUGCAGACGACCUACAGAAGUCUCUGUCUCAGCUCUGCAAAGCAGUUUUUGACACCAAAGGCUGGUGGCCCACAGUGAGGCAGAUGCUGCGGUGGUGUGCAUUGGUGCUGACUCAGAAGAGUGGAGAGCUACAACUGGUUGGUGUGGAAGAAGACCCAUGUGUCACAGCCAUGUUUGCAGCCACACAAGUCUGCAUGGGAAACAAACUGGACAUUGUGCUGAGCGCUGAUGUUCCCUCAGAGGAGCGAACUCAGGAGUGGUCUGACUUCUACAAGCACCUGGGAAUCUCUCUCAACACAAACAUGAAGAAAACAAAUGCAUCUUACAGGGAGGUCUAUGAAGCAGACAUUGUGUACGGUACCAUCAGUGACUUCAUCUCUGAUUACUUUCAGUACGGCAUCGAGGGGAUGGGAACAGGGAACCCUCAGCUUAGACGUGGAUUUAUCAUUGAACAACAAAGUCUCAGUUCUUCCAUAAUCUGGAACUUUCCAGAUGUACGGCGAGCUAGGAAUCUGAGUCACAGCACGGACACAGAAGACCUUCAGGAGAUCCUGGCAGUCUUAUGCAAUGCUGUAAACCUGUGCCAGGCUGAAGGGAAGUGGUGGCCCAGAACCACCCAGAUGAUCAGCUGGUGCCUCUUGGCCUUGUCUGACACUGGGAUUCUCCUGGAGAUGGGCACUGGAGAAGGGAAGUCUUGUGUCAUAGCAAUGUUUGCAGUGCUGCGUGCGCUUAGGGGUGAAAAAGUAGAUGUGGUGUCCAGCUCUUCUGUGUUAUGUCAAAGAGAUGCAGAAGAAUGGACCAACUUCUACAAGUACUUUGGCUUGACAGCUGACACAAACACAAAUAAAACCCAAGAUAAAGAUCGCAAAGAAUGCUACCAGAAGGACGUGGUCUAUGGCACUAUCGAAGCCUUCGCUGCAGAUCACCUUCGCCAGAUAUUUGAGAUGAAGGAUGUGAGGCCUGAUCGCAGCUAUCAGUGCAUCAUAAUCGACGAAGUGGACUCCCUGCUGCUGGAUCAGGGAGUGCAGCUGACCUACCUGUCCAGCCCCAUGGUCUGCAUGCAGCACCUGAACAUCAUCCUGGCCAUGAUCUGGGGCCACGUCAGCCAGUACGGCUUCCUGUCUACAGGAGACCAGACAUUUGUCCGGGGUCCUCCUGCUUCAUUCUUCAAGGCCAUCUUUGACUCAAUAGACACAGAAGAAACUGACAUUAAUGAUCCAAUGGACAUUUUACGUAUCGCUGAAGAAACCAACACUGUGCCAAGUGGAUUUACAGAUGAUACCUACAAAAGUGAAAAGGAUGAACUUCUGAUCAAACUGAAAACUGUGAGUCAGGAUGCUGUGGUAGAGUUUUUCAAAGAAAUUGAGGACUAUGUCCCCUAUGGUUUCACUGUUUACACUUUAGACGACAAGGGAUUGCUCCGUCUUAGAAAACGCAGCCCGUACAACAACAAGGACAUUCCAGAGCUUAAAUUUCUUGUCUUGGAGGAAGGCUUGUGUUGUACUCUCUAUGAUUCAGAAGAAAUUCUCAUCAAGCCCAUUGCAGAAUUAAUCUCAGAGAAGAUUCAGUACACCCCAUAUACAAACAAUGAAGACAAAAUCAGCAUUCCUGGAUUCUUGAAGAAUCUGGUGGAGAAGAAAGUGUCAAUGUGGGUUCAGAAUGCCUUUCUGGCAAUGCAGCUGAAGCAAGGACGGGAAUAUGUUGUAGAAAACGACAACGUCUGUCCAGUGGAUUUCAGAGAUGGAAGAGCAGCCCUGGUGAUCUGUGAAACUAUCAACAAAGCCAAAGAGAUCUACGAAGAGCUGAAAAGCAGCAUCCCAGGUGAGAUCAUUCUCUACUGCCGCAGCGACAAAGACAGUUUGAGCAAAAUAGAAAGGAACUGCUACCUGGUGAUGUCAUUGUUGCCACAAACCUAG